AUGGAGAGACCGCUUUGGGUACGCUGGCUAAGGGUUUGGGCUGUUGGUGGAGCUAUAAUUGGUGGGGGUGUGCUGCUUUUCAAAUAUACAACUCCCACUGACGAGGAAAUUAUUAAUUCGCUAUCACCAGAAUUAAGGCUACAGUAUGAAAAGGAAAGAAACCUUCGUCAGGCUGAACAGCAAGAGUUAAUGAACAUCGUCAAAGAAACUUCACUCAGUGAUAAACCAAUUUGGAAAACGGGACCGAUCAAUUCUCCUUGGGAAAAGGGAGAAAAAAGUGCUGUAGCGAAUAGGGAUCAAUUCCAAAGGCUGAAGGCCAAGGAAGUCCAAAAGGAAGAGCUUCAAAGAAUAAGGGAGGAGCUGGCUCAAAUCCGCCAGCAAACUUCUACAGCUACAGACAGAAUUGUAGAGGAGAAGAAGAAAAGUUGGUGGAGGUAG